AAACGACGGUUUGGAGCCGUCGCUGUUCCGGCCGUCCCCACCCCCGAUGCCGCCGCCGGUGGUGGUCGUUGCCACGGCCGCGGUGCACUAUCUCCCAGGGACCUUGUCGCCGCACACGCAGGCCAAGACCAACCUGAGGUCCGGAGCGACCGUCGACGCCAGAGUCCAGAAACCGCUCGGCGAGACGGGAGACAAGCAGCCCCGGCCAGGCCCGAUGGCUCCCCAGGCUCCGAACGACGAGCCCUUGAGCCAGGAGGAGCCGUACGAGGAGGAAGAAGACCGGCUGUGCUUCUACGUAUGGGGCAUCAGUUCGGUGACCUUCAUCACCAUCAUCAUCCCGAUGGGCCUCUUCGUGCUGUCGCACCCGACCGUGCACCCGACCGCGCAUUCGACCGUGCACCCGACCGCCGGCACUCAAACAAGCCAGCCCCGUGCAACUCCCAACUCCACGGCCGGGUUGUCGGAGUUGCCCGAUCCCCAGCUCUGCGCCAUGCCGCUGCUCAGCGACUGGUCCCCGGCUCUGCCGCCUUCUCAUCAGGACCGACCUCAGUUCCAGGGAACGACCCCCCGCCCCGCCUUCCGAUUCCGGGACGUUCUCUGCGUCCUUGACAUCAAAUACCACAUCAAGAGGCCGCCGUACAGCCCGAUUUACCUGCCUCUGCCCUACUGCUCCAAGCUCAUCGCCUCCUCGUUCGCCGUCGUCGAUGACAGGCUGGUGGCGAAGAGAGGCAGGCUGGACGCCGCGUACCUGAGGGAGCUGGUCGACAUGAAUAAAGCCGGUUGGCUGGUCCGCGGCACACAGGAGGUGCCCAUCUACAUGAACCUGGGCGGCGACCGCGCGGACUCUGCCAACAUCUCGAAAGCACUCAGAGACCCAGCAAGUCGCAAACGUCUCGCUGCCUUCGUCGUGAACUAUACUGAUUCACACAUUAUCAAUGGCGUGCACCUGGACUGGGACCAUCCCGGCGCGCACUGCGGGGACCCCAACGAUGCGGCCAACCUCAAGGACUUCAUCGCGGAUCUCCAAGCCAUGAAAAUGAGCAACGUGAUGCUGAGCGUGCCGCCGUCGCCUGACCUGGUGGACCUGUACAACCUGAACCAGAUCAUGGACAUGCUCAAGCUGGUCAUCGUGAAGACACACACCCUCCGGCCGGACAACACCCUGGCCUGCACGGGUGACAGGGCAGACGCGUUCGAGGCCUUCGCGGCCAUCCGCGCCAACUUGUCCGGCAUCUACCGUGACAAGCUGGCCUACAGCAUCCAGCUCGGAGUGGACAAGUUCGAGCCCAACGGCGCGGUGUCGGCGGCCACUGACACGACGUCCGGGCACCCCGGACGCACCACGUACGGCCGGGUGUGCAAGCCGUACCGGGACGUGCAGGAACCCGUGAACGUCGAGUGUCAACUGGGAACCCUCGUGGACUCCGACAAAGAGUACCAGGUGGCCUUCGCCGGACCGCGGGAACUGAAGGCGCGCAUGCGCAACACGUACGCCGACGGCAUGGGCUCUGUGCCCGUCGUCGUGCAUGGCAUCGACCUUGACGACUUCUUGGGCAACUGCCAUGGCGUGAUGUCGCCCCUGAUACACGCCAUCGCCACGGGAGGGCCCUGGGCAAGAAAACCUCUUAUUUAGUCUAUACUCCGUUCCAUCUUACAGUGCACCUCAGCCGACGUUACGAACCGCCCGGGUCAAUCCAGUGCCACUUGAUGUGUCAAGGGACACUCAAAAGUGGCCUGGAUUGGCUGAGAUGGCUCGUAGCGUCCGCUGCGGUCUAUCGUAAGGUGAAAGAGAGUAUUGACCUCCUUCAUUCUUGACAGCAACUGGGGAGGUGGCCACUUGAGUGCGAGCUUCAGGAUGCUUGGCCGAAGCUCCACUGCAAGGAAGUCAGGUUUAUCAACUUUCGCUGCAGCCUCAGUUCAGCUUCACGGAAGUUCUAGCCACUGGACGAGCAGCCAACGACUAGACUUCCGCAAACUAAGGCAGUUGGGAAAAUGCGCUGAAUGGGUGGGAGAGAAUUACGACGCCCUAGCCCAAAUUGACAGGAGUGAACUGUAGGAAUGUAUAUAUGCUGUGCUUUCUUUGCUUUGCACAUCUAUUCCUUUUAUUUUAAAUACCUGUAUUAUAUAUAAAUAUCUGAUUCUUCAAUUUUACAGAAAGCACUUGUUAAGGCGCAUUCUUCCUAAAGAAUGUCAUAUCUCGAGUGGCAUUUUUUUUUCUCUCGCAUACUUCGUGAGAUGUACGCGCACGUUCCAGUCUGCUCAGGCGCAGACUGGGACCAUCCUGACCGAACACCUCAAAGACUACCUUAAAGGGGCAGAAGGCACACCACGAUGCAGCACCUGCCAGCACCCCAGUAUUAUACCCAGCAGCUUUGGGACUGCCCCAAGACGUAGCAGCAUGAACUCGAGCAAC